AUGGAGCUAGAUGCUGCAGGGAAACAAAGAAAUCUUCAACUCAAUGGGUUAGAAGAAAUCCGCAAUGAUGCAUAUGAAAGUUUUCACAUUUACAAGGAUAAAACUAAAGCUUUUCAUGACAAGAUGAUUUCUCAGAAAAGUUUUCUUAUAGGGCAGAAAGUUCUCUUAUUUCAUUCUCGUCUUAAGUUUUUAUCCGUGGAGCUUUCUAGUCCCAAAACAGGGAAGAUUUUCAAGGUGAACGGCCAUCGAGUGAAACCAUAUUAUGAGCAAUUUGUGACGGAGAAUCAAGAGAUCAUAGAAUUAAGUGAUCCACUCCCUCUGGAGGAGUAA